CCCUGUAUGGCCCCCUGAGUAAAUGGAUCCAUUUGUACAGCCUCCAGGCUAUUGUCAUGUAAAUGCCCGGUGUGGUUACUACUAUUGCCCGGCAACACCCGCCUGUUCUACUGCGUCUACCCCCACCUACCUCUCUUCACUACCUGUCUAUCUCAGGUGUUUUCAGCAGGUGUGGUGAUAAGUGUGUGCAGGUAGACCAGACCGUACUAUUUUAUAAAACCAAGUGGAAUGUGCUGUCUGAAACUGUUGCCAUGCGGCUGUUUUAUUUGGCAACAUAGCUUCAUGGACGAGUCAUUCAAACCAGGUGUCAGCCACAGGUGUGCUGCUUCACCUGAGUCUCCUGCCAUGGUCUUGGACUUGUCGGAUCACCUGUGAGACUCCUUGAGAUUUCACUAGGACUCCUUGGAAAGCUAUUUUGGAAUUUGCCAACUGUAGCGGAUAUAAGGAGGGAUUUAGCCUCGCGGUGUUGAGUGUGUGUCGUGUUACGUGUUUACCUGAACAGCCAUGCCAGAGAGAAAGCUGACCGUAGAACCGCCAGAGAUUAGGCAUGAAGAUUUGGAGGACUACCUGGCCACAGAUGACCUGUUUGUGGAUUACUUCAACAAGUUCCUCAGCCUCCCUACAUUCCCAGAACCUCUUCGAUUCAACAAGGACCUGGGAGGGUUUGAGGUUGUCAGUAAUGCACAAAAGGAUGUGGCCAAUCAGAUCAAAGCAGUGGCACGAUCAUACAAGGCCCCCAGCCAGAUCUACAACGCCACCCGGAUGAUCACAGACAAGCCCCUGUACUACCAGGUGUUUUCUGAUGAGCCACAAACACAGGAUGAGAUUAAAACUAGCUUCCUAGUAACAUGUCUGAACAAGGAACAAGGCAUCCAGUGGAUCAAGCAGCAGCGCCUGCCUGCCUUCCUGCAGAGUGAUCUGUACCUGGAGUAUCGCCUGGCCAAACUGCUGCAGCAGACAGACAACCUGGAGAGCGGGGUCAAACUCACCAUAGACACAGAGUACAGACCAUUCUCCAGGAAGAAGUCUGUUGUGAUCACCCAGCAGCUGGAGGAUGAUGCAGCAGUCAAGCUGAUGAAGACCAUGUACGUGUGCAUGGGAGAGGCCUCCACUACUCAGACUAAACAGUGGAUCUCUAAAGCUAGACAGGCCAACCAGCUCCAGACAACCGCAGCCACGAAAUCCCGCAUGUCCAGCGGAAUCGGUAGUGACCCGUUUGGUUAUCAGUCCAGGCCGAACAGUGGACGUCCAGCAUCUGCUGAGUCCCUUCUGGGAGAGGAUGGCCUGAGGGUACAGGACAGUGCCAUGUGGACCGGCUCCGCUAGGUCCCAUGACAGAGAUUCAGUGCAGUCAGAAGACUGGUACUCCAGCAAGUUGUUUGGAGUGGAGAGCCCCUCAAGGAGACCGCCCACCCGCUCCAAGACCCCCCUACAUGAGAACUUUGUCUGCAUGGUGACGGACGACCAGUCGCAGCGAACAGGAGCAGUGAGCAGAAGCACAGUGUAUAAAGAGAGCGGAUUUGGUGAUGAAGAAAAAGAAAAAGAUACAGAGGACAAUGUCGAGGAGGAAGACGAGAAGUACGACAGUGAUGCUGACAGUGGAUCAUCAGAAAAAAGUGACUUGUCCAAAUCUGAAACAAGUGACUCUACAGAUGAGGAUGAGGAGCAUCCAUACCUCAAUGUACACAAUGUGGAAGACUUCGCAACAGUUGUCGUUGCCAUCGUGAUGAAACAGUCAGUUUCUGAAGUAACAGAUGUGGACAUCAAAGAAGUUCCAGAUUUCUUCGACAUGUCCCAGCUUCUCAAGCCUGGUGUAUCACUACAUAAUCUAAAAAUUGAUCCAAAGGGAAAAGUCACUGCAAGAACAGAUAUAGAAGAAGAGGAGGAAGAGAAAACAAAGAAAGUGACAAUCAAGGAUGAAAAUGAUAACGACAGUGAAAGUGACAUUGACUCCCUGUUCAGUGAGGAGUCGGAGGAGCCCGAUCCCUGGUUCAGGAAGCAGAAGGUGUUUGAGUUGCAGAACUGUAAAGGAUUCGAAGCAAUGAGAAAAUUCCUGGAGGGAAGCAACGGAGAUAAGUACUGGAGUUUCUGGUUGGACAUUGACAGAGGAAAACUGAUUACUGAUCCCAACAAACACCAGAGCUACCUGGUGAAGAUGCGUGAGAGGUACCUACAGAAGAGCAGCCCCCUAGCGCUGACCCAGGAGAUGUGCCAGGCCCUGGGGCUGGGGCUGGCCAGAGACUGGACCAUGGAGCAGCUGGCAGAUGUACAGGCCAGAGUGUUGGAACCUCUGCUACUCUACUGGGCUCCUCGGUUCCUCCUGAGUCAGCGCCGCCACACCAACAUGGACCAGAACUACCUGUACUACAGACAGAAGCUGAACCGACCCAAGUCUGCGGAGAUCGACCCCCAGCCCCGCACCAUCACCAUCAUACCCCUCCGACCAAAAACCUGCAUCCCCAGGGUUAAACUGGGGCAGAGACAGAAGCAGGUGUCCAGGAGUGCAGACCUGGCCCUUCUGAAGCAGCAGGAGAGGAACAGGAAGGAGGGACAACAGCUGCUCACAGCUAAGCUCAACCUGAGGAAGUCACCCUCACCAGACAGGCUCAAGACUAAGGCUCUCAGCCCCAAGCACAAAAGGCGGAAGUCAGCGCGGAGCGACAUUUCCUCCAUCAGCGGGAGCAGCUGGGCGGGAUCGGAGGACAGCUCGCCAGACGAGGGGCCGCAGAACAUCCGCAACAUCGUGGCCAGGAAGUUCAGCCUGCCGAGCUCCAACGACAGCGUGUUCCUGGGCAGCUCCAGGAUGGAACAGAUGCUCCAGGCCUUGUACCAUGACAGGAAUGCUGGGUUCUUCUUCACACAGUUCUGUGAGAGGUCAGGGAAUAAGCUGUGGUCCAACUCCAUCCACUGCUGGACAGACCUGCAGACCUACCACACCCUGUUCUAUGCUGAUGUGCUCGACCCCUUUGUCGUGAAGAAAAAAGCACAGUACAUCCACUCCAGGUUUGUGGUAGCUGCCUCCCCAGAGGACAUUGGGUGCAGCCAGGACAUCAGAAACGAGGUGUACAAGAACAUCGACCCGCCCUUUGAGGAACUAUUUGACUCGGCGGAGGAAUACAUCCUGCAUGUCCUGGUGGUGCCGUGGCAACAGAUGAUUGAGGGAGACAAGCACACUUAUUCCAAGGUGGAGCUUUUUGAACAGAAGCGCCAUCUAGAGACCAAGUCACGCCAGCUGCUUCGUCUACAAAAGAAGGGUCUCCUCAGAGAGCUGACCAUCACCCCUGAAGCUGAGGAGCUGGAGGAGUCUCAGUAUGACGACACCAUCUGGGACAAGCUGCCGGACCAGUUCAAGAAGUGGACCUUCGAGGGGCUGGUCCACAACCGGCUGGAACUGGAACACUUCCGCAAGUUUCUCGCCGACAACUUCGCCUCCAUCGACCUGCAGUGUUGGAUGGACAUUGAGGCAUUCCGCCGGCUUUCUCAUCUGGACAAUGCCAAGAGGGACGACAAGGCCAAGGACAUCAAGAGCAAAUAUCUGAACAAGAAGUACUUCUUCGGGCCCAACAGUCCUGCAACAAAGGAGCAGCAGAACAAGGUGAUGGAGGCUGGCGGAGGAUGGGGUAAGAUCCUGCAGGACCGCCCUCCCACCACCCUGCUCCUGGAGGCACAGAAGUACGUGAAGGAGCGGCUGGAGAAGAAGUGGCUGCCCAUGUUUCUGUCCACCUCUGACUUCCAGGAUCGACAGAGACCAAAGAUCAACAUGGAUGACGUGGCUGAGGACGUCAUGGUGCACAAACAGAGGAAGAGACAGCAAGUCUGGAAGAUGCUGGACAGUAAGCUGAUGUCAUCCACCCGUGACAUCAUCGCGUUCCGCCGGGCGCUGAUGAACCCCGUGACCAGCCAGCAGUUCCGCAAGUUUGUGUCUGUGAAGGGAGAGAACCUGGAGAACGACGUGCUGUUCUGGCUGGAGAUACAGAAGUACAAGGACAUGGUCCAUGCCCACGUGGAGGACUCCUUCAUCCAACAGAAGAUCGCUGCCAUCAUCCACUGCUUCAUCGACUCCUCCCUCCCCCCAUCCGUUCAGAUAGACAUUCCCCCCGACCAGGCAGACAGGAUCCUGGAGCACAGGAGGGAGCUGGGGCCUUACAUCUUCAGGGAGGCACAGCUGACUGUUUUCCGGCUGCUGCUUCACCAGUGGGGAGCCUUCUGUGAGUUCCGACAGAACAUGGCGGAGGAGAAGAUCCUCACCACCCUGGAGAGACAGAGGAAACGAGCGAGGGAGAGAGAGAGGGCCAGGCAGAAGGCAUACGAGGAGGAGCAGGCAAAGGUGACCUGGUCCUAUGGGAACUACAUGGCAGCUCUGGAGCGAGAAGAACAGAUGAACAAACUGCCUGACAUGGACAAUGUCUCCCUCAGCACACUCAGUGAUCUGUCAGGGCUGACCUCCAAUACCAGUAUGAAAACCUCUCGAGCGGAGAGUGUCAGCUCCGAGGUUACCAAGGAGACGUUAGAGACGGGGAAAUCCACACUCCUGGAGAGCCCGAAGAAGGCGAGACCACGGAAACCGUCCAUCGUCAGUAUCAAGGAUGGGGGCAAGGUGGUACAGGCCAGGACGGGGAAGGAACUAGUCCCUGCUCCUCCGAAGGACCUGCCACCCCCUCCACAAACAGUGGGAGAGGCAGAUGGAACAAACAGACCUAGGGGGAAGAAGACGGUGAAUGGGACUGGCCCACAUGGGGAAGGGAGGGAAGGAAAGAGCGGGAAAAACAAACUGCCUGCACUGCAAAAAGUCAGAUGA